AUGACAGAAGAAUUUGAAAAUUUCAAUUCGAUACAACAAUCUUCACCGGUUCCAUUAUCUGUACAAGAUCUUCAACCUAAACAAUAUCGAUCACAAGCAAAUAAUACUAAAAAGAAAACUCCAUUACCAUCGCAAACAUCAAAACCUCCAAAAGAUGCUGUUAAAUUAAAACCUAUUGAAAUUCCUACUCAUUUUACAUGGGCAUUAAUUCUUACGAUAUUUUGUUUUUUUAUUAUUGGACCAUGUUGGGCACUUUAUAAGACAUUUAAAUUACGUCAAAUGAUUCAACGACAAGAAUUAGAUGCUGCUGAGCGUUUAUCAAAUAAAAUAACAUCUGUUCUUAUAGUUUCAACUAUACUUGGAAUUUUUGCAUGGGUUGUAUUUUUAUUUUGUUCGGUCGGUCUUUUAAUAACCGGAAAAUUAUUAGAUGCUAAAGUUGUAUAG